AUGCUCUCAGUUAUUCCUCCCUCGGUAGCCGAGGCGCCGUGUGUUGCCUCCAAGCACAGCUACGAGACGCAUAUGGAUGCUGUCGACACAGACUCGGAACCGGAGACGGUACCGCCGGAGCCCAGAACCGUCGAUGAGUUGAUGCGCAGCCGGUCUCGCACAGAUCCGGAUCUCCCGCUCAUCUCGUACCCGUCGUCCGGCAUCGAGUACGUCGACUACACGCCGCGCCAACUCGACAUCUUCGCGUACAGAGUGGCGCACGUCUACAAGCAAUUAAUACCCCAGCGAGCGAGCUCCCAUGAGAAGCCGUCCGUCAUCGGCCUGCUCGGGCCGUCAAACCUCGAGUACCUCGUCACCAUGCUGGCCCUCACCAAGCUCGGCCACACGGUCAUGUUCCAGUCGACGAGAAUCUCGCAAGAGGCACAUGCCUCGCUUCUGAAUACGACGGGAUCGCGGCACAUGGUCAUCGAUGCCUCCUUUGCCGACAUGGCCGCAGCACUCAAGCGGGACAACAUUCCCGACCUGACUGUCAUCCCUAUCGCAGGCCCGGAGGUGUACGGCCUCCCCAUCUCAGAUGCGGACAACAACCUCAACACGCGGAUGGACCAGCAUCUCGAUGUCGAAGUCGAGCAGAGCCACGUGGCGUGGAUCAUCCACUCGUCGGGGUCGACGGGGCUGCCCAAGCCCAUCUUUCAGACACAGCGGGCGGCGCUCAAGAACUACACGACCAACAUGAACAUGCGCGGCUUCAUCACGCUGCCGCUGUUCCACGCCCACGGCAUCGGCUCACUGUUCCGCGCCGUCGAUUCGCGCAAGCAGAUUCACCUAUACAACGCCGCCCUGCCGCUGGCUAAGCAGUAUCUGACCCAAAUCAUCAAGCAGCACGACUUUGAGAUCUUCUACGGCGUACCAUACGUCUUGAACCUGCUGGCCGAGGACGACGAGGGGCUCGACCUGUUGGCGCACUUCAAGAUCGUCAUGUUCGGUGGCUCGUCGUGCCCGGACUCGCUGGGCGAUAAGCUGACGGCCCGUGGCGUGUAUCUAGUUAGCCACUACGGCUCCACCGAGACCGGCCAGCUGAUGACAUCUUUUCGCCCGCGCGACGACCAUGGAUGGGACUACCUGCGCCCGUCCGACGCUGUGAAGCCGUUUCUGCGCUUUGAGGACCGCGGCGGCGGCCUGUUUGAGUGCGUGUGUCUGCCCGGCUGGCCGUCCAAGGUCGCCACCAACCGCCCAGACGGCGCCUACGCCACCAAGGACUGCUUCACCCGCCACCCUACCCUGCCAGACGCCUGGAAGUACUAUUGCCGCCUCGAUGACACCCUGACCCUGAACAACGGUGAGAAGGCCAACCCGCUGCAGCUCGAAGGCGCCGCACGCGAGUGCACCCUUGUCGAAGAGGCCGUCAUGUUCGGUGCUGGAAAGGCCCGUCUGGGUCUCGCCCUCGUGUUAUCCGAGCAUGGCGCCGCAUUGUCCGAGGAUCAAGUCGUCAACGCCAUGUUCGAGACCAUCGAGCCCGCCCAUGCUACACUGCCCGCCUACGCCAAGAUUGAUAGGGACAUGGUGCUAGUGCUGCCGCACGGCACGCAGUACCGAGUCACCGACAAGGGCACCGUCAUCCGCCAGGCUUUUUACAAGCAGUUCGCCGCCGAAAUCGACGCCAUGUAUGAGGAGAAGGCCGCCGAGGACGCGCUGGCGCUGUCGGAGCCAGAGCUCAGAGACUUCAUUCGCGCCGAGGUUGCCGCCGUACUGGGAUUGCAGGACCCCUCGGCCCAGCUCUCCGACGAGCAGGACUUUUUCGGCCUGGGAAUGGACUCGCUGCAGACGACCAGGCUGCGGAGCGCGUUCGUAAAGAGGCUGGAUCUGGGCGGCGCCCAGCUCGGACUGAACUGCGUCUUCGAUCAUCCGUCCGUGGCCGCCCUGGCGCGGCACUUGUACGCGCUGCGGACGGGCGAGAGCGCAGGUCAGGUCUCUAAGGAGGAGGAGAUGCAAGCGCUGAUCCAGCAGUACUCUACCUUCCGGGAGCAUAUCCCCCAACCCCGCCUGGUCGAGGGCGAGUACGUGAUGGUCACCGGCGCCACUGGCUCCCUCGGCGCCCACGUGGCCGCCCAGCUCUCCCUCCUUCCCACCGUCCACCGCGUCUACUGCCUCGUCCGCCCUUCCUCCACCUCCGACCCCCUCUCCCGCAUCGUCCACUCCCUCCAAACUCGACACCUCUGGGACACUCUCCCCGCCGCCUCUCGCGCCAAACUCGCCGCCCUUCCAGCCGACCUAUCUUCCCCAACCCUCGGCCUCGACCCUCCCACCCUCGACGUCCUACGCACCCAACUCUCCGCUAUCAUCCACUGCGCCUGGGCCGUCAACUUCAACCUGCAACUCCGCAGCUUCGCCCCCGACUGCAUCGCGGGCGUCGCCCACCUGCUCGACCUAUGCCUGUCGGUCCGCGGCCCCGCACCCGCGGCAUUCAAUUUCUGCAGCUCCGUCAGCACCGUGUACAACACAGCGUCGUGGCUACAAUCUGAUCAGUCGCACGCGUCCCCGUCCCCGUCCCCGUCCGGCCCGGUGGUCGACACCGUGCGCAUCUCGGAAUCCCUCCCGCCGAGCCUGUCCUGCGCACAGCACAUGGGCUACGCGCAGAGCAAGCUCGUCGCCGAGCACAUCUGCCACCGCGCGGCGGCGGCGGCAUCACGGCCGGGAUCGUUGAUGGCUCGCGUGUUGCGCGUGGGGCAGAUCGUCGGGGACGAGCGGCACGGCGUGUGGAACGCGACGGAGGCGGUGCCGCUGAUGCUGCGGAGCGCGGCGACGCUGGGCGCGCUGCCGAGGCUGGACGAGCGGGUGAGGUGGUUGCCGGUGGAUGUGGUGGCGAGGGCGUGCGUGGAGGUCGGUUUGUCGUCGUCCGUGUCGACGACUGGCCGCGGGAAUGACGUCGCGCCGGCGGAGGUGUACAACGUCGUCAAUCCCGCUGCGCUGCAUUGGACGAGGGAGCUGUUGCCGAUGUUGAGGGAUGUGGGGCUGGCGUUUGAGGAGGUGGAGGUCGGGGAGUGGCUGGAGCGGUUGAGGAGGUCGGAGAGGGAUCCGGUGAGGAAUCCGCCGGUGAAGUUGGAGGCGUUUUGGGAGGAGAAGUAUGGUGGUGGUGGUGGUAAGAAGGCCGCUGAGAGGGGGGAGGGGGAGGAGAGGAAGACGGAGGUGGUGUGGGAGACGGAUAGGGUCAGGGCGUGGUCGGAGGCGAUUGCGUCGGUGGAGAAGCCCGGGAGGGAGCUGUUGGGGAAGAUUGUGGGGUAUUUCUUGAAUGAGGCGUGGAAGGCGGAUGUGUAG